GAGGAAUAGUGCCAGCAAGCAGCCUACGUCGAAUCUUAUUCCGUGUUCUCCAUCCGAUCUCAUCCCAGUCUUGAUGAAGCACAUCCAGUGAUCAGACAUUCGCUUCGUAUGUUGAGUCGAAAAUAUUGCAUCGAUCUUGUGCUGUUGCAGCGGCACCCCUGUACCAGUUGUUCGUGUAUCUUUGGGACACACGGGAAUUUCAAGGAACAAAAACAUACGAAGCAGAGAAGGAGCUGUGAAGUCAGAACGAUCGACGGAAGGCGGUGACGGAAGAUUCCACAAGGAAGCUGCGAGGAUGAGCGAUAACGAGGAUCCCUCGACUCUUGCAGGGGUUGGGGAUGAGGUGUUGACAACUACACUAGUUACAAUCGUGUUCCUUGCCGGGGUUCUCCACCACCUAUGGAGAACGAUGGACUUCCGGUGGAUUGGAGAAUGGUGGCAAGCGCGGCAGAACCCCCCACCUCCGGCGGAGCAAACGGCAGUGACGCAAAGAGCCAACCGUUCGUAUUCUGAUGACAAAUGUCUCAUUUGUCUCGAAGACAUACGACUUCCCCUGACGACGAACUGCGGGCAUCGCUUUUGCGCGGAAUGCUUGAUUAAAUGGCUUCAAGGCCCCGCAAGACGGCCGACGACUUCGUGUCCAACGUGCCGGCAGCACGUAUCGGCUCUGCUUAGGAACUUCGAACCCGUCGCGGACGAUGAAGCUCGACGGGUGUUGAUGAGGCAAAUCAAUUUCUACAAUCGACGAUAUUCCGGGGAGCCACGACCCUUCUGGGAGCACGUUCGGGAUCUCCCUCUGUUGUUGAGCCACUUGGCAAGCGAAUUCUUCUCUCUCGGAGGCCUAAUGUACAUGUUCCGGAUCAGGAUCGCCGUAUGUUUCUUCCUGGCUCUUGUAUAUCUUCUAUCGCCCGUCGAUGUCGUCCCGGAAGCAAUGUUCGGCCUCCUUGGAUUCCUCGAUGACCUCUUUGUCCUGAUCGUCUUAGGAGUCUACAUGUCGCUUAUAUACCGGAGACUCCUCGCGGAACGUUACGUCGAAUAGAUCAGCACCAUGAGUGUAAAUAGUUAUAUAGUAGAUACAGAGCUGUUCAGCGAUCGGAGCAGGAAAAGUGAGAAGGAGGAGCCCGUGACUGAGAGCAGAGAGAGGAGAAACUCUGCGACCUUGAGGCCGCUCUAUGACUCGAAGCUCAAAAGUUCCAUCGCGAUGUCAUUCAUAUAAUUAUCACGGUUACACGAGAGAUCCGUUGGUUGUUGGUGAUGAUGCUGAUGCUAUUUGAGUUCCAUUUUCGACCGAGAGACGAUAUUUUCGACCGUGUCCAGAUGCCGAGCACGGUACUCGAAGCACCCGAAUUGCUCAGAGAAUGAAG